AAAAGGGAAGAAAGAAUACUGCGGUUCCUGUUCCGAUUUAACCGUGUAUAUAACUAUAUAUGUAUUGAUUGCUCUGUAUAUUGCUGUAACAAAUGUGCAGUUUUUGAGGAAAACGAGGAGAGCAAAGGAUGGCAAAUGGGGAAGUCUGUGGGCCGUUGCAAAACAUGUACAAUGGCGAAUAAAAUUAUUAAUAACAAUAGUCAUAAGGAACUAUUGGAAGGCGAAACCUCGGGCGAAACAAACACCAAAAUAGCGGAUGAUGUUGAGCUAGAACCGAAGCCAAAAAGGUAGACAAUAAACAUGUGUUUUUAUUCAUUUCAUAACUAGCUGUAACAGCAUUGUUCAUAAAGGCCUGUUUAAACGGAUCCAACAUUGUUGGACCAACAUCAUCCAACAAUGUUAGUAUACUAGAUAUGACUGCUUCUCUUUCAAAUCUUUUUGGUUAGAUAAGCUUUACUCAAACCCUAAACCUAGUCUUGACAAAAUAUUUGAAAAAGAAGCCGUUUGAGCCAUUAUUUCAACAAUGUUGGAUGAUGUUGGCCCAACAAUGUUGGAUCCGUUUAAACAGGGCUUAACUUGUUCACAUGGUGCAAGAUAACCUUGUUUUAGCUUGUUUUUCAGGUAAUCAGGGCAUGUGGUAACAAAUUUAUUAAGCCCAUGGCACAAUGAGUCAGAUAGCAUUUUCAGGCCCACUUCUCCCAUAAGCACUGGUCAGGCCACCAUUAAAUUUGGGUCAAUAUUAAUUGGAAUUACAUAUUCAACACACGAAAUAUUCGACAUUUGAACAGGGCCUUAUUCUUUUGGCAAAUUGUAUUUAUUUUACAGACAGGGGAGUUGAGGGCAACAAAAAAUCCAGGAGGAGGGGUGAUUAAACGACCAAAUUCCAGUGGAGGGUCUGUCAUUAUAGCCAUUUCAUAGGGGUAUUUGGCAAUAAAGUCGUAGAAAUUUCUGGGAAAUUCCAGGGGAGGAGUCACAAACUGCUAAAUCACCCCCUUCCCCUGUGUGGAAAAUAAAUGCAAUCUGCCAUUAUUAGAAGUGGUUCUCUAUACUUAUAACAGUUGCCAUGGCAUGUGGUUCUAUUUGGGCUAUUCCAUUUAAUAGCCACCCUCCUCCUAUCAAGGACCUUAAGGCCCGUACACUUACAAUUUUUGCUGCAAAUUCUAGUGUGAUUUUCUUCUGAUGGAUGUGAAUAAGUAGAGGGUACAUAUACUCAGAACAAUCAUAACUCAUCUACUUAUUUACAUGUAUGGGCCGGCGCACCCCAGUUUGUUGGUCAAACAAAUUAGCCAGUCGGGCAAUAUUCGCUUCACAGUUGGACUUAUUACAAUAUUGACUUAUUAAAAAAAUAAAUGGGACAAAUCCUGUCAAUUUUGUGGGAAAUUCUGUCAAUUUUGUGGGAAAUAUGCUGCUAUCUAAUAGGAUAUCUUAUGUAUUUCUACAUGUCUGCUUAUUUCAAAACUUCAGAGAAGAAAACUCCCACUGAUUUAUCUCCAGGGGCAUAGUAAAUGCAGAUUUCCUUGGGGGGUAAAUGCUAUUUAACAGGGAUCUCCUAUACAACAGGAAUUAUUCAAGUAUUGAAGGGUAUAAACCUUUUUCCUCAAAAUGAAGAGGGGAGAGGGGUACUACAUAAUUUAAAUGGAAUAGCUAAUUGCAGUAUUGCAUUGAAGUUCUUCUAUACACUGAGCACUAGUGUAUUUUAAAAAUUAUAUAUAGUGAGCAAUCAGAUGUGGACACCAGUUUAUUGGACCUUGAGAAUGAAAGUGAAGCCAGUGAAGGAAAAUCCUCGAAUGUCAACAAAAAGAGUAAGAAAGGAAAGUGUGGAAGGAAAGCUUCAUGGAGCACUGAUACCCUAAAUGACUUAGUGGAUAUUAUAACCUGUAAUGAACACUAUCAAAGAAAGCUAGUAUUUACCAACACCAAGAAUCAAAAUAAUGGCAUAAUAUAUGGGGAAAUAUUAAACAAGUUGAAGGAGAGAGCCAAUGAAAGAGGAGAGCAGAUUACAUUUACUAUUCAACAGAUACGAACAAAAUUUAAGCGUUGUGUUAGUGAUUGCAAACAGGCGGCUAUGACGAUAAAAACUGCUACAGGAAUUCAACGUUUUCAGGAUGAAAAGGGAUAUGGCAAGUGGUUUGACUUGCUUUUCCCACUUGUCAAAACGCGUGAUUCAUGUCAACCAGCUAUGGCAGUUGAACCUUCUGCAAUUAAUGAUCUUACUGAGGAAGAGGAGGUUGAAAAAGCCUUUGAGGAUUUUGUUCCUAGAAAGAAAAUGAAGCUUCCAAAGAAAAAUACGGUAGCUGAAGCUGUUGACUUGCUUAAGCAAGUGGUUGAAAAGGAUCCAGCAAAGGAACUGAUUACGGCCAUGCAGGAAGAGGCAGAAAAGGCAAGAAAACACGAGCUUCAGUUAGUAGAAUUAAUGCUAAAGCAUAACUCCAGUAACACCAGUAACCAUGUUAAUAAUUUCAGUCCUCCACAGGAUAUACCAGCUAUACGUCCUACAACUGUCUAAGGUAUACCACAGGGAACGUGGAAUCCACCUCACCAAAAUUUCAGUUUUCAAAGUGCAGAGAACCCUAUGUACAACAUGUCAACUGUGGACCAAUAUCUCAACGUUUUUUUUAUCCACCUGAUACAAGUGGGCAUGGAAAUAGUUUUAUUAGUCCAAGUCAGGGACAUUUUCAGAGGUAGUAAAGCAUGGAUUAUCACAUGUUUGUAAAACUGUUUUGACCUGUUUAAUUUGUUUGUUCCCAUUUUGUUUGCAGUUAGAUACAAAUUUAUUCAGUAAACCUUAUCAUAAUGUACAAUAUGUUCAUUAUGAAAAAUGAACUCUACCAGAAUAACAAAUAUUAAUUCAUAUGUUAUGGUUGCUAUUGUUUGAAUGUCCAAUACUGUACCAACAUUUGGCACAAAACGUAAAGAUUAUGGAUAUAUUUACAGUAUAUAUUAUAUAUACAGUAUAUUUGUAGUUUAUUACUUGAG